AUGAGAUGGUUUGAUGGCCUGAAGCCAAAUUCAAUAGAUUCCUUUAAGCAGCUCACCCAGGCUUUUGGCUCUCGUUUCAUCACAUGUAGCAGAGCUCCUCGGCCAUUGGAUUCUCUAUUGUCUUUGUCCAUACGAGAAGGGGAGACUUUGAAAGCAUACUCGGAUAGAUACUGGGAGAUGUACAAUGAGAUAGAGGGUAACUUUGAUGAUGUCGCCAUCAGCACCUUCAAGAGCGGUCUCCCGGUUGAGCAUGGUUUAAGAAAGUCCCUAACGGGAAAGCCUGUCACCAGCUUGCGCCAGCUCAUGGACCGAAUUGACAAGUAUAAAAGUGUUGAGGAAGACCAGCAACUGGGUAAAGUUAAUGUUGUGUUUAGAGAUCCAGUAUAUCAUGUUCUGGAGAAGAUCAAGAAUGAGCUAUUCUUCAAGUUGCCAAAUAAGAUGGCGGGAGACCCCAUGAAGCACCAGAACCUAUAUUGCCAAUACCACCAAGAACCGGGGCACACCACCGAGAAUCGCAGGAAUUUAAGGAAUCACUUGGACCAACUGGUCUGA